GAUCGGUAGAAAAUGGCGAGUCUGUGCAGGAGGCAGCAAUGCACGAUCGAGAGGCGAGGCUUUCGGCAGGAACUUGACUCGUGGCGGCAUAAACUCAUUCAUUGUGUAGGUUUUGAGAGUAUUCUAGAAGGCUUGUUUGGAUCAGGGCUGCUGGAGGACCUGACCUUAUUUAAAGACUGUGAGCCUGAAGGUGUGUCAGACUGGUCAUUUGAUGAGAACUGUCUGUUCUGCUGCUUAAGGAGAGACAAAGUCAAGGAGCACUUAGUUGGCCUGAGCAACCAAGGCUUGGGGAGUGGGACUAAAUCCCUGCUGGUCAAAGACCAGACCAAGGUCAUCAGGCUUGAGAAGCAAGCUGAGGAAUUCCUCAAUGCAGUUCUCUACAACAAAGAUGUUCCUAGCUUCUCGGACCCGCACAUUCCAGUAGUGGCUCGAGAGAUAAUGCAGAGGAUGAUCCGCCAGUUUGCUGCAGAAUAUACCUCAAAAACCAACUCUUCUCAGGACAGCCCCUCUGCCCCCCCUGCUCCCCAGAGCCCCCCUGACCAGACCCCGCCUCCCCGACCCUCGUUGCCCGCUGUGCUCCCUACAGUCAGCCCGGGUGGUCCCACGACCGCCUCUGUACCCAGCCAGAACCCGGUCCUCUCCAAGCUGCUGAUGGCGGACCAGGACUCUCCUCUGGAUCUCACCGUCAAGAAGCCGCCACCACGGCCUGUAGAACAAGAUGGCGUCCUGGACCUGUCACUCAAAAAGGGACUGGCGAGAAGCAGUGUGUCAUCGCUCUGCAGCCCUCCGCUUUCCCAGACCUCCACUCUUAGAGGUGAAUGUCUGGAGCUCAGUCCAGCGAAGGCCAGGGACCUGCAGUCCACCUCGACGCUAGAGCAGUUCAUGGCCAAGUUGUGUCUGCAUCACCAGAAACAGAUUGUCGACGCUCUGGGCUUCCUACAGACAGAGGUCAAUGCUAUAUCCUCCUCCAGCACUUCACCAGCAUCCAAACCUGCUUGUUCUGUGGAGCCCAGAGCCCUCCCGGGUCCUGGCCGUGCACUCUGCCUAGAGACCCCGGAAAGGGGCCGGACAGGCCAGAAACCUCCCUUUGCUUCCACACCAAAAGGACCGGUGGAGAGGCGAGAGACCGUUAGUACCAGGUGUAACAGGUUUGCGAUGCCAGAACAGACCCCUGGGAAUGCGAUUUCACUAAAUAUGUCUGGAGUUGCUGGACAGGCCUUGGAUCUUGGUAAAGCUGGCCCGGAAGAUUCUAAGGCUUUGGCCACCCUUCUUAAAAGUACAGAUGAUAGUGAGAGUAAACGUCUUAGUGAUCAUGCGCCUCUUAAGAUUAAAAUUAUGAAGUCUAACAACCAGGAUAAUAAGCUAUCCUGUGUGCUCACCACCUCUCUUCCUGCUCUUCCUGGUACUCUGGAUGAAAGGCAAAGCAAUAUAAACUUACUGACUAGAGCAGAUACGUAUAGUGCUGGACUUGGCUCUUCUGUGAAAAGGCAAGAUCAUGCUAGUCACUCAAGACAAAGAGGCUCUUUUGGACAAGCCAAAGACAAACUGGUCAAACAGAGUCCACUUCAAAAGACUCCAACCACAUUAGCCCCAGUUUUCCCCAGGACAGCAAGGAAGACGAUCAAGGGAUCUCCCUAUCAUCGGCCUAGGGACUCUUCUUCGAUGUGUCGUUUUGUAACUGAUCCUGACCUCGGCCACUGUGAUAUUGUUUACAUCAACAAACCCAUCACAGAGUGUUUCCAGGAGAGGCAGCACCGUCUUCUCCCACGCCGCAAUGCCAGGAAAAGCACCAGAGGUCACAUGUAUGUGGAGGAGAUGUGGGAGCUGAAGACUGUCCGUACAUUAGCCAGGAAGUCUGCCCGAAAUGAUGGGGGCAACUGUCCUGCUCCAAUGCCAGAGAUUAUCACUCUGGUCACCCCUAAACAACUGCUUGGAAAGCCUGAGGGUGUACCUCUCGCGGACAUGCCCUUUGCUGGAGGCUUUGUAGAGACUGUAAGUCAGAAAACCCCCUUGAAGCUUCAAACAGAAAAGGCUAUGGAUAUAGAAGCUGCUGCAGCAUCAGACAGUGAGGUGGAGCUGGUUGUUGAGACUAGUCAGACAGACCAAAGUCAAUGUGAGGAGCAGACUGCCCCUCCUCCUUCACGGAGUCCUCUAGUGGAGAAUACCAUCUCAGAGCUGCCAAGGCAAAGCCUUGCACCAGAGGAUAAUUCCACUCAGAGCCUAGUUGAAACUGCAGAUGAGGAUUCAAAUAAUGAAAUGGUUUUGAAUGGAAACACAGAGCAGGUGGUGAUUGCGAAAGAUUUGAACCCAGAGCCACCUAAGACUUCAGAAGACUCUGAGCUUGUCCAAGAUAAGCUAAACUGUGUUCCAGAACGCCAGAAUGUUGUUAUUGAAACCCAACAAGAGGUUUCUGAAUCCUUGGCCCCUUUCCUUGAACACACUGGAGAUAAGGAGGUGGUGGCAGUGAGGGCAGAUACAGUUGAAGGGCAUGCAGAGCCCCAGGAUCCUCAGAGUUUAGUUGACCAGAAACAGUCUGAGGCCUUGAGUGGAAAAGAAAAAGCAGAGACUGACACUCCCACAGAAGGUGAAAUGGCGGAUUCGCAAGAAACGGGAAAGGUUGGUCCAGAGUUUGUUUCAGGUGAUGGCAACAAUUCACCUGAAGAGAGAAAUGUUAAGGCUGAGUUGGCUGUUGAAAAAGAAUUUGAUCAAAAUUGUUCUGAAAACCUGAGUACUCCAGCAAGGUUGAGUCCUUCAGGUGUAAAGGAAGCUGCAGGGAUUGAUGUUGAGAACAUGAUUAUAUGUGGAUACGUGAAUGGCAGACCUAUAGCGCAGUCUGACAGAUGUUUGCGUGAACGGCCAGCUAAAAACACCCCAGAAUCUACUACCAAGACUAAACGACCGCCAAAGUCUUCUCUGAGUGAAAAACAGACAGACAAAAAUGAGAGUGUUUCUGAGAUUCCACACAUUUUAGCUGAGGGUCCUCAUAACACAUUCACUGCUGUGGAAAGCGUCAAAGGCCCGUUGUUAAAAUGCCCCAACAAGUCCUCCUUGAAACAGUCUGGGAAACAAUCUGAUAACGUGCAAGAGGUUCCUAAUAUUUCAGCCCCCACAGCUGAAUUGAUAAAAAGCCCUGUGUCCAAACGACCCUUAAGAAUUCCUAAAGCUAAAGCAACUCAGGACCUGCCUGAUACAAAAACGCCUGUGAAAGCAAGCCAAAUCUCAUCUGAUACAAGUACCACUAUUAUCCCUAUAGCGGAAAGGCAGAGCAUCCCUGACACUCCAUUCCCAAACACACCUGUCAACUCCCUAAAUAGCCCUGAUUCCAGACUCCUCAGUUCAACCAGACUCCAACAGGAUGCAGUGGUUGCCUCCCCUCCCGUCCUUGAUUCCUCCCCUCCCUUGAAUGUUACCUCACCUUUACUCACUGAUGCGUCCCCUCCCUUUAAUGUUGUUUCUCCUUCCCUCCCUGACGUUCCCCCUCCACUCAAUGUUGCCUCAUCUUCCCUACCUGAUGCCUCCUCUCCCUGCACUGUAGUCUCUCCUCCCCUACCUGAUGCCUCCCCUCCCCUUCUUGUUGCCUCUCAUGUUGAAGGGUUUGAUAACUUUAUUGCCCCAGAACAAUCUACCUCCCUCCUACUCACUGAGCUUAACCCUCAUCCUGCUGCCUCUUCACCUGAUCAAAUUAGUGCUGUCAUCCAGAGCUCUCCAGAGAUGAAAGUUGAAGUUCAACCAGCUUCAAAACCCACACCUUGUGAAACACAGAAUACUGCAGUGGAAACUAAGAUGCAAAGUAGACCCAAUCUCAGGUCGUCAAUGAUCGUAGCAAAGGAAGUUGAAAAGGUGGUAAGUCCGCAAGUUAGCAGUGAGAGUUCUGCUUUCCCACAUGGUACAAGUAUUAAAAAGAAUCAGGCACAAAGACAAAGGAGUCCACUAAGAAGCAAAAUAACACCCAAAAAGGAAGAAGAAUCAAGCAAAUUGUCUUCCCUCAAGUAUUCGCAUGAAACAACUUUGACUAAGAAAGUUGAGGAACCAGCUUUAAUGGAGAACAAAUCUCCUGGACGAAUGCCAUUAAGGAGUGAAAGUAGCAAAGCUGACAUGCCCAACCAGUCCGUUACCCUUGCUACCCCAAUGGCUGCAAUGGAGUCUAGGAAAUCCGCAUUAAGAGGUCAGAGGUCACCUACGCUCUCUGCAAGUGCUCCGAUCACCGCUGAGAAGUGGAGUCAAGUGGCAUCUCCAAAUAGGCUUAAGUCCCCAGUGAGACACUCAUCACCCAUUAGGAUAAAACCAGCAAAGAGGAUCAAGUCUCCACUAAGAGAUUCUCCUUUGUUCGUCAGUUCUCCUUUGCCUUCCAGCUCUGUUACUCCUCUCCUACUCCCCAAGCUGGAGCCCCCAGUACAGACUAGACACAAGUUCUUGGAGUUGCUAGACGUGGAAGAAAACCAACAGAGAAUCUCGGUGCUGAACACCAGGUUUGAUAAGAUGCAUAGAGGCUGGGUCCAGCUGGACAAAGAGGGACAUCCAGCACCCAGACACAAGAACAAGGGAGACCGACAGGCAGCGAUAUGGAAGAGCAAGCGCCGGGUGCGUAAACCCAAGUCUUUGGAGCACCAAAGGUUCUCUCUAGUUCAGAUGCUAUUCAAGAAUGAUUUGGACCUAGCCAGUAUUUGCCGUUGGUACAUGGAGUCAACAGAAACCCAAUCCCUGGUCAUUGUAAAGAAGGUGAAUACCCGUCUUCCCUCUGAGACCCAGUUGCUCUUCCCUGGUAUGUCCCAAAGGCCUUCCCAAGGGGUCUUCCCUAGCCUGCAGGCUGAGCGCUUAAAGAAACACUUGAAGAAGUUUGCCAUUGCUUCCCCUGUGAAAAGCAAUCCCAAGAGCCAGAAGCUGAUUGCUAAAGCCCUGGCUCAAGAAGUCAACUUAAGUUCAUCCAAAGGAAAGGAAAAAAGAGAGCUGACAACGGCCACUCGAAUCUCCACCAAAGCUUAUCUCAACUCUGCAGAGGCACAGAUACCACCAACUGAUGGUCAGAAGGCCUCUGCAAAAGCAAAGAACCCAACCAGCGCCCGGAUUCUAAGGAAGUAUUCUAAUCUACGGGAGAAGAUGCAAGGUCAACAGAGCUCAAAAAAUCCAAAAGGGGCCACAAGUAUAGAAUGUGAAGCUUCCAAAGUCAAACCCUCUAAACCCAGAAAUACAAAAUUGGCAAAGCCUUCUAAGUUGAAACCGCUCGCUACCCAGGGACAUAAAUUAUCUGUUUCUAGUAAUAAAAGUGUGAAGGAGCUACGUAUAGUCAAAAGAGAGCGAGCGCAGCCAUCUCCUAGUAGAAAGAAUCAAAAUAAAGCAGUUGUUCAUGAAAGAUCACUCAAGACUAGUAACAGCAGUAGAACCUUAAGGGUUCUCAGUAGGAAAGGGAGUGCAUUACCACAGAGGUCUCCACAAAGAGUUAUGAACCCAAAAGCACAGAAAAACACUGCCACCCUCCCCAAGACUGACUCAAACAAAAAGCAAGUUGCAGUGGAGAAGGCAGGAGUGGACAAGACUACACCAACAAAAGCAGAUGAAAUGAAAGCACAAACAAAGAGGCCCUCUCAAAGUAGAGUCUUUGAGACUAAAGUCACUGAAAGUAAGGAUGCUGAAAGUAACGGCCCUGAAAGUGCUGCAGAGACUCAACAGAACAUGGAUUUAAAAACACCAGGCUCUCCUGACCAGGUACUCACAAGGUCACAGAGAAAGAUUGAGGCUACUCCAUCCCCCUCUGUCCCUCAGAGUUCCAGUCCUAAGCCUGCCACUAAGAAAGCCAAUGAAGCCACACCGUCACAGAGUGGGACUCCUAAGGGUGCCAUAAAGAGAACUCUGGAGCCCACCCAGACAAUUAAUACGAGCCCCACGCCUGCCAUAAAGAGAGCCAAUGAACCUGCUCAAAUUGGAACUCCUAAGGGUGCUACAAAGAAAGCUCUGGAGCCCACACACACCAUUAGUACGAGCCCUAAGCCUUCCACAAAGAGAGCCAAUGAACCAGCUCAGACUGGGACACCUAAGGCUGCUACAAAGAGAAAUGAGGAGAGCCCCCAAACGCCAGCAAAGCGCACCAGGACAUCCCUACAGAAAUAAAGCUUGUAUCCAGACGAACUGUAACAUCCAAGCAAGUGAUACCCAUUUUUAUUUUUUUUGUUUUACCUGGAAUAUACUAGAAAUGACUGGCAGUACCUAUUUUUGUGUACCCAAUUUGUAUUGGUAAAAUAUAGUUUGAAUGGAGGGCCUCAAAAGAUUUCUUGAGCUUACCAAUGAUAAUGCUUUUGUUACGCUUUAAAGGCAAGAUUAGUGGGUUCGCUGUGUUUUCAGAGUGAGUUAUUCUUGGACUGAUGCAGUUUUCUAAACCGGUCUGAAACCGGUUUUGUCUUUAGUGCUCUAACUUGGCUGGAGUUGGGUUUAUCUGUAUUAUAAAAUUGUCAGCCAUUUUUGUCUUUAAUUUGAUGCUUGGUUCAUUAUUUAUUCAGACAUCAGCAUGUUUGAAAAUAGUGGCAAUGGUGCGAACAUCCGCACAAUGCUGCAAAAAAAUUAUAUUGAUGUUCUCUGACUGCAGCAUAGCAAGCCAAUCGAUCUGUUUAAAAGUAGCCCCGGUUCAAAUAAACAAUCUACUGUAAAUUUAGCAUAUAUUCAUUCAUGUCUCCAGCUCAUCUCAUGUCUCCGUGUCUCCAGCUCAAGCUCAUCGGAGUUGUGACUAUGAUCAGGUGCCUUAUUUAUAUGUUUAGAAACCCAUAGGGAAUGUUAGUAGCUUCUAGUGGCUAAAAGGCAGUUUUAGCAUGGACAUCACCAUUUAAAGCAUACCGACUUUAAAUGUAGUAAUGUGGGUGGGACAAAUUUGUUCUUACGUCAAACCAGUUUAUCAGGCACGAUUAUACGAAGUUUCACCAAUUUUACUACAGUGCAGUCCAUAUGGAAUUAAACAGCGACAAGUUUUGUUGUUUUAUCACUACUCCAGAAUUUUUUAUUUGAAAUGGAAGCAAUGACUAAAGAAGUGUGUGCACAAUCCGCAUAAUUUAAGAUUUUCGUUCAUAAACCAUGAAGUGUUUAGGAAUUACAGCCCUUUUUAAAUGGUCACUCCAUCUUUGGGGACAAAAGUAACAAUCCCGAAGUUAUAUUUAGUACUAUGUUGCAAAUCCUUUGCUUUUGAUAACUGCCUAAAAUCUGCAAACCGUAGGCAUCACUAGACCCUGGUUAUCUUCCCUGGUGAUGGUCUUCCAAGCCUGUAUUGUUGCCAUAUUUCCUGGAGCAUUUUUACCUGGAGUCUUGCCUUCAUCAUUUGAAGCGCAUGCUCCGAUUCAGGUUGGGUAAUUGGCCAGUGAAGAACAUUCCAGUUUUUGCAGUUUGUUUUAGGGUUGUCCUGCUUUAAAGUGAUGUGCCGUCCAAUAGGUUUUGAGACGUGGUUGGUGUUGAGCAGAUGAGAUAUUUCUGUACACAGAAUUCUUUCUGCUGCUCCCCACAGUCACAUACUCAAAGGUAAGCCAGUUCCAGUGGCAGCUAUACAUGCCUAAGCCAUAACACCCCUUCCACCAUGUUUCACAGAUGAGGUGGUAUGCUUUGAAUAAUGAGCAGCUCUUUUCUUUCUCCAGCCUUCCCCUUUUUAUCCCAAUGGUACAGGUUAAUCGUCAUCUGUGCAUUAAGAGCUUGUUCUGUAACUAUACAAGUUUUCUUUUCUUUUUUUCCCUUUAUUUUAAUUUUUUUUAUUAACCCUGGCCAUUCUGGUCUUUGCUUACCAGUGUGUUGCAUCUUGUGGUAAACCCUCUGAGGUAAUGCUGGUGUUGUUUUCUUUUUGAUCGAUGCCCACAUCCUGGGGAGAAUUAUUUAUCUAUUCAACAGUUGAAAGGGCAUUUCUUUAAAGCAUUCUUCAGUCAUCUGCUAAUGUGGUCUUCAGAGUUCUGCUAGUUCAUUUGAUUAUGCUGAGCUUGUCUUCUUGCUUCUUAACAAUGUACCAAGUUGAUGAUUUUGACAUACUUAAUGUUUUGGUAGUCUUCCCUUUAACCUCUUACUCAUUGUUUUAUUUCAAAUCCUGUGUUGUGUAUGGGGUGCCGAGGCAAAACAACAAAACGAGUCACUGUCCAAGUAAUUAUAGACAUAAAGAUGAUGUAUUUGAUGGGGCUGUCCAUGUUAUCAGACUUUCAUAAUGGAAAAUGUUUUGAUGCUUCCUCUAACCUUCUUCAUAGUUAGCCACAAUAAUCUGGACAUUGCACAGUUAACAUGUACUGUAUGAGGGCGAAAGGGAGAAUUUUAGACGCUAGUAUUUGGUGCAGGUCUGCACACGUCAUGUUGAUGUGGUCUUGCACGUAUAAAACUCAGUCUUCAGGUAUUGUGUAGUUCUUGUCAGUUCUGAAGCACUGUAUCAGAUGUGUGUCUGUGUAUUUUCAUGCACCACCUGUUUAUCCCCCCCCCCCCAUGGUCACUAUUCUCCAGUCUUCCUGCUAUAAUCUGGCCCUGAUUCUAAGGACGUACUCCUUUUUUCUUUUGAAUUCCUGCAACAAUGCGUCCUUGUUAUUCUGAAUUAUUCUAUUGUAACUUUAUUUUUUUUUACGUGUGAGAUGUUAGCAAUUGCCUCGCUAGGCUGUACCUUCUGAUCCCGUCCUUUCCGUUUUCCCUGAUUGUCAUUAAAGUUGAAUCGAGAUGUUGUCCAUCUGUUGUGGUCAUGCUUUUGCAUACUCAAUCUUCCGCUAGUGUUCAAGUUUUAGCAGAACUCUGGCUACUUAAGUCUUUCGCCUGCGCAAAUAUUGCCCACUUUUGAAAUGCAGCCUCCACCUUGUCUACGUGUAAGAAAAAAAAGCUAUUAGGUUGGUUCUUUCUGGAAACUUCUAAGACUAUGCAUGCAUGUAACUGAGCCCCUUCUGUUUUAAUGAGCAUUAAUGACUGAUGAGCCCUUGAAAUGUCAUUGGUCAGUUGUUUUGAAAGGAGGUAAAGAAUUUCUGCUGUUUCACAGCAGAUUGCAGGGCAAGGUGCUACAUGGAUCCUCAUGUUGUAUCAAACAUUGGAUGGAUAUUUUUUUAUUUUAUUUUUCCAUGCUUUGUGAUCUCGUACGGUAUGUGUUUUUUCCUGUUAUUUUGAGCUGUUGCAGUAUACUCGCCCCCCGGUGGCCAUAAAUGAGAACUGUUUGAGAAAAAGAACUGUCUACGUAUAGUCAGUGCUAUAUCCCAAUGUAACAGAAAUUACUUGUCUGCCAUGUUUUAUGAGCGUGUAUUUUAUUUUCCAGAUUUUGUUUCAGGAAGACGAUUGCAUAGUGUGAUUCCCUACUAUAUCAAUAGCUUGAUCUCCGUUUGUAUGUCAAGAGAUGAAACAUUUUAGCACAGUGUUUAUUUUUAUUGUGGUUCUUUCAUUUAAAGGUAACUAUUUGUAAAUGCAGAAAGGUAUAAUUCAUGUUUUAUAUUGUUAUUUAAGAAACCCCUGAAGCUGAAUACAAUAGACCUAAAUUAAGCAGUCCACCAAAUAUCAAACUUGAACAUGUUUUAUUCUUUACUGUGGAUAUUUAUAAUUUGAUUUUGUAUAUUGGAAAUAACUGAUUUAAUUUGUUAAUCCCAACAAUAAGACAUCUUAAGUUAGUGGCGUUUUACUUCUUUGCUGGAGUUGAUAAAGAUGUUUGUGUUUUA